GGCUAGAAACACUCAAAAAGAAACCAUGCUGAAGGAGGCUUGCUUUCUACUGUUGGUCACUUACGCGGCUGCCACAUAUAGCUCUGGUUAUCCUUCCAUUCCCUCCAGUCCGUCCUCAACCUACCCCACCUAUCCUACUGGUGGAUACAGAUAUGUCGUUUACAUUCAGUACCUCUACUAUUUAUAUGUGACAUACGGACCAACCUCUGUCCAAUAUUUACAGUAUUACCAAUACUUGGUCAGACUUCACAUCAUUCCUGAUGGGUUUAACUUUGGCAGAGGGGGAUUCCCAGGAUUUGGCGGUAGUGGAGCUUUUCCAUUAGGAGGUAUAGGUGGUAUCAGCCCUAUUGGGCGCGGUCCAACUGGUGGAUUCCCAUUAAGCCCUGGAUUUGGAGGUCUUCCGCUGGGAAGAUCAGGUUCCCCAUUGGGAAGUGGUAUCGGAGGCCUCCCCUUAGGAGGCAGCAGUCUUGGAGGAGGAUUCCCACUGGGAGGUUCUAGAUUUCCUACAGGUGGAUUCCCAAGUGGUGGUGCAGGGUUCCCUCUUGGUGGAGGUAGUCUAACUGGUGGUUUUCCGCUUGGCGGAUCAGGUUCUCCAUUAGGUGGUGGUAUUGGAAGUUUGCCUUUGGGAGGUUCUGGCUUGGGAGGAGGAAUGCCGUUGGGAGGAUUCCCGAGCGGUGGUGCCAGCUUUCCUUUAAGCAGCGGAGGUUUAGGUGGUUUACCAAUUGGCAGUGGAGGUCUUGGAGGAGGAUUCCCUCUUGGUGGUUCUGGAUUUUCAAGUGGAGGAUUCCCAACUGGUGGUGCCGGAUUCCCUAUAGGAGGUGGAAGUCUUAGAGGUGGAUUCCCUCUCGGGGGAAGUAGUGGAAGCUUCCCUAUUGGGGGAGCUGGAUUCCCUACUGGAGGCAGUGGUUUUGGUGGAUUCCCAACUGGUGGUGCCGGAUUCCCUAUCGGAGGUGGUAGUCUUGGAGGUGGAUUCCCUCUCGGGGGAAGUAGUGGAAGCUUCCCUAUUGGGGGAGCUGGAUUCCCUACUGGAGGCAGUGGUUUUGGGGAGCUGGAUUCCCUAUCGGAGGUGGUAGUCUUGGAGGUGGCAGUGGUUUUGGGGGAACUGGAUUCCCAUGGAGGCAGUGGUUUUGGUGGCUUCCCAUCUGGUGGCAGCUCUUUAAGUUUGACUAGAAGUGCUUCUAGUUUCUCAUCUGGUAGUUCCGGAUUCCCAAGUGGAGGAUUUCCAACUGGUGGUGCUGGUUUCCCCAGCGGCGGAGGAAAUCUUGGAGGUGGAUUCCCUAUCGGGGGAACUGGUGGAGGCUUUCCUCUUGGAGGAACCGGAUUCCCUACUGGAGGCAGUGGUCUCGGAGGAUUCCCAUCUGGCGGCAGGUCUUUAAGUCUUACUAGGAGUGGUUCUAGUUUUUCCUCUGGUAGUUCCGGAUUCCCAAGUGGAGGAUUAUCGGGUAUUGGAGGUGGAUUUCCCGGAUCCGGACUCAGUGGAUUUUCUGGUUUCUCCAGUUUGUCUUCCAGUUUGAGUGGGUUUGAUGAUCUAAAUGAUGGGUUUUCCGGAGGCUAUGGUGGAUACAAAUCUGGUAAAUACUAGUGGACCAUAAGACGUCAGACAGGAUGUAAACACGGAAUUGAAGAUGGAAUGGCACUGAUUUUGUUUUUUGUAAAUAUAUAUUUUUAUGGUUACGGAAUAAACAGAUGACGCCUGAA